AUGGCGCGCUGCUCCCUCGCGAAGCCGCUUGGCACCGCCGCCGCGGCUCCGCACCUCCCUCGCCGCCGCGCUCUGCUCGCUAGCGCCGCCGCCGCCUCCCUGGCCACGGCAACAACAAGAACUCAGCGGCUGUCGGCCCUAUCGAAGCCGCCUAAACCACCGCCGCCACCGCCUCUCCGCCCGCGCCCAAGGCUCCCCAUCUCCAACGACACCCCCAGCAACGCCAAGCAAGACGGCCGCCGUGAACCAUCGACGGACGCGACAGAGUCCUCUGUCUCUGGGUCGUCGUCCUCGGGCGCCGGAGACGUGCUCAGGCUGAUGGACUUGCUCGGCGUGGUGCCCGACGAGGACGUCUACGUCUCCCUCCUCAGGGACUCCGUCGACGCCGCCGAGGUCGCCGCCGUGCACUCCCACGUCGUCUCCACACGCGCCGCGCCUGGCCUCCCCCUGCCGCUGGCCAACCGGCUGCUGCUUGCCUUUGCGACCUGUGGCGACAUGGUGGCCGCCCGCAAGGUGUUUGACGAAAUUCCCGUCAAGGAUGGCAUCACGUGGGCGACCAUGGUGUCGGCCUACUCCGAUGGUUGUUUCCAUAACGAAGCGAUAAGGCUUUUCACCCGCAUGUGUCAUGAAGAACAGGGGCUCACUGGUGAUUUGCUCGGCCAUGCCAUUGUGGCGGUGCUGCGGUCAUGUGCUCGGAUGAGCACACUAAGGGGCUUUGGCGAGCAGGUACAUGCGCUUCUUGUCAAGACAAAGAGGGUUUGUGGUGAUACCGGUAGUUCGCUGCUGCAGCUGUACUGUGCGGGCAAACGACAUGACAUUGCACGCCAAGUGCUUCAGACCAUGAAGUGUUCUUGGCAGGAGCCAGUGCCUGAGGCAGCAUGGACUAGCUUCAUAACAGCUUGCCACCGAGACGGAGGACUGGACGAGGCCAUCUACGUUUUCAGUGACAUGGUGUCCUCUGGAGUCGCCAGGAGCAGCUUCUCCCUGUCUACUAUCCUUGCGGUAUGUGCAGAAUCAGAGAACUGCAGGUUCUACGGACAGCAAUUGCAUGGCGACGCCAUCAAGCACGGUGUGGAAACAGACCAGUUCGUCGUGUCUGGGUUAGUCCACAUGUAUGCGAGGCAAGGGCAUCUUGCAGAUGCUGCUAGGGCAUUUGAGGCAGUGGGUGGCAAGCCUGAUGUGGUGUGCUGGAACGCCAUGGCCUUGGGGUAUGCACGUGGUGGAUGGUACAGAGAGGCCACCAGCAUGAUGUAUCAGAUGAAAGCUGCUGGAAUGGAUCUUCCUGGACUAAAUGUGGUUGGAAUGGCCUGCUCCAGAUGAGAUGCCGAAUGAGUUCCUUGACUGCUGGACUGCACAUUUAUGUUAAGAUCUGUGCCGAAGAAAAGGUAGUGCUUCCUUUGAGGUAUAAAAUGGGGAUACCUUUCUUUGGGAGGAGAUAUCAAGCUGCUGGAAUGGAUCCUCCUGGACUAAAUGCCGUUAGAAUGGCCUGCUCCAGGUGACCUACGGAAUCAGUUGCUUCGUCUUACUAUUUUUCCUUUUAAGGAGAUCUUUAUAGACUAGUAUGACAUGAUCUCCAGAACGACCAACUAGGAUUUACUCCUUAACAUAGUGUGUUUAGUCUGACAAGGAUUUCUUUCUUACUCUUGUUAAUACCAAAGUAUGUAUGUGCCCUCAAUACAUUUGGUUUGGCUACAUUUCAUUCAUUUCUGUCUGGAUAGUUAUCAUCUUGUUAGCCCAUGUUAAGUCGGAUAUGACUGGAGGUGUUGUUUGCUGAAGCACACACCGAGGAUCGAUAAUCUGUACCAAUUAGCCCA